GGAGUCCCAUCCUCCUCUUCCUCCUCUUCCUCCUUCUACUUCUCCUCCUCCUCGGUGAAAGCAGCACAGCUGGCAAAUAAACGACAAGAGUCGCCACACGGAGCAACUAGUGGGUCGCUGUCCUGCUGACUAUAGGUGAUGAUGGACAUGAGUUAGAAAGAAAUCCAGAGUUAUUUAUCACUUUUCUGGCAGAGGGGGACUCAGGAUCUACACACUGAGCAGCCAGCACCCCUCGCUCCACUGGAACCGCUAUAACCUCCUUAAUACUGGCACCACAAGCUGAAAUGAUGGAGAAAUCGAGGCACACGCGGCAGUUAGCGGUCAGCCUUCUGUUUGGGUUGUGGUUUCCUUGUUGUUUAACCCAGACCACAGCGCCCAGCAGGGCCAGUGUGGCCCCGACUCCGUCCGCGGCCCCUCAACAGCUGAAGGUCCGCCUGGCCGGAUACCCCCGCAAACACAACGAAGGCCGGAUAGAGCUCUUCUACAAGGGAGAGUGGGGAACCAUCUGCGACGACGACUUCUCUAUAGCCAACGCCAACGUCCUCUGUCGACAGCUGGGCUUCGUCUCAGCCACUGGGUGGACUCACAGCGCCAAAUACGGCAACGGACAAGGAAAGAUCUGGUUGGACAACGUGUUGUGCAAUGGAGGAGAGAAGAGCAUCGACUUGUGCAAGUCUCGAGGAUGGGGAAACAGCGACUGCACUCACGAUGAAGACGCUGGAGUGGUUUGCAAAGAUGAGAGGAUUCCUGGCUUUGUGGACUCAAACAUUAUUGAUGCUCAAGUUGACGAGAAGAAGGUGGAGGAGGUGCGGCUCCGGCCCGUUGUUGGCACGGCCAGGAGGAAGCUGCCCAUCACCGAGGGCGUAGUGGAGGUCAAGCACAAGGACGGCUGGGCUCAGAUCUGUGACGUGGGAUGGACCGUCAAGAACACCCGCGUGGUCUGCGGCAUGCUGGGAUUCCCGCAUGAACGGAAGGUCAACAAGAACUUCUACAAGUUGUACCUGGAGCGGCAGAAGAACCUGUACCUGCUCCGCUCUGUGGCGUGUUUGGGGUCAGAGGUCCACCUGGCGGCCUGCCCCCUAGAGUUCAGCAGGCCCAACGCCACUGCGACCUGCGCCGGCGGCAUGCCCGUCGUCGUGAGCUGCAUGCCCGGCCCGCUGUUCAUGCAGAACAGCUCUCUGAAGAAGAAAGUUAAAGUCUCGAGUAACGUGAGGCUGAAGGGCGGUGCCAGGCUGGGGGAAGGCCGGGUGGAAGUGCUCAAAGACAACGAGUGGGGGACGGUGUGCGACGACCGCUGGAGCCUGCUGUCCGCCAGCGUCGUGUGCCGGGAGCUGGGCUUCGGCAGCGCCAAGGAAGCUCUGACGGGAGCCCGCAUGGGACAAGGAAUGGGUCCGAUCUACAUGAACGAGGUGAAGUGUGUCGGGAACGAGAAGUCGAUCUGGAACUGCCCGUUUAAAAACAUCACGGCGGAGGAUUGCCAGCACAUGGAGGACGCCGCCGUUCGCUGCAACAUCCCGUACAUGGGCCUGGAGAACUCGAUCCGGAUCACAGGUGGACGGAGCCGCUUUGAGGGCCGCGUGGAGGUGCUGAGCUCUGACACUAACGGGACGGAGAGCUGGGGUCUGAUCUGUGGUGAGACCUGGACCACCAGGGAGGCCAUGGUAGCCUGCAGGCAGCUGGGUUUGGGCUAUGCUAACCAGGGCCUGCAAAUCCGGAUAGCAGGCGGCCGAAGCAGCUACGAAGGCCGGGUGGAGGUUCAGGUUGGGUCCAAGUGGGGCACAGUGUGCAGCACAGGCUGGACGACGAAGGAGGCCUUGGUGGCCUGCAGGCAGCUAGGGCUCGGCUACGCCAUGCACGCCGUCACCGAAACCUGGUACUGGGACAGCAGCAACGUCACAGAGAUGGUGAUGAGCGGCGUGAAGUGCACAGGAAGUGAGAUGGCUCUGAGCCAGUGCCAGCAUCACAAAACCGUCAAUUGCCAGAAAGCAGCCGCAAAGUUUUCAGCGGGAGUCAUCUGCUCAGAGACCGCCUCCGACCUCGUCCUGAACGCCUCCCUGGUGGAGCAGACGGUCUACAUCGAGGACCGUCCUCUGCACAUGCUCUACUGCGCCGCCGAGGAGGACUGCCUGUCCAAGUCUGCGGCCAAAGCCAACUGGCCGUACGGACACCGGCGGCUGCUCCGCUUCUCCUCCCAGAUCCACAAUGUCGGCCGGGCCGACUUCAAGCCCAAAGCCGGGCGCCACUCAUGGGUGUGGCACGCCUGUCACGGCCACUAUCACAGCAUGGACGUCUUCACCCACUAUGACCUGCUGAACGCCAACGGCAGCAAAGUGGCAGAGGGCCACAAAGCCAGCUUCUGCUUGGAGGACACAGAAUGUCAAGAAGGUGUUUCGAAACGAUACGAGUGCGCCAACUUCGGCGAUCAGGGCAUCACGGUCGGUUGUUGGGACUUGUACCGCCACGACAUUGACUGCCAGUGGCUUGACAUCACAGACGUCAAACCUGGAAACUACAUCAUGCAGGUCGUGAUCAAUCCGAAUUACGAAGUGGCUGAGAGCGACUUCACAAACAACGGCAUGAAAUGCAACUGCAAAUACGACGGACACAGGAUUUGGCUCCACAAUUGUCACAUCGGCGACGCAUUCAGUGAGGAGGCAGAGAAAAGAUUUGAGAAAUACCCCGGACAGAUAAACAACAGGAUCUCCCAACUGUAGACGCCGCCUCCAUUGUGGGACGGAUGAAUAAAAAUAUGCCCCUGUAUUUCUUUUUGUUUUCAGGUGCUUACAUGAAUCCCUAUAUUAUUCCUUCAUAGUUGUUUUUAUACUUGAAAAUUCAAGUGGUUAUGAUUAUGUCCUCUAGUUUAUUGUGAGUUUGUACUUUCUUUUUUUUUUUUUUUACAAAUUCAGAUUUUAUAGUUUUACAGUCGAUGUUUGACACAAUGUGCAGUCCUCUAUUGAAUGUUUUAGUUGCAAGGCCUGAAUGAAGCUUUAAUGUUUUGGUUUUAAACGUAUAACCAGAUUUAUUUGCCUUUAGUAUGCAGAGUCCAAACAUGGAACCCAAUAAACUCAUAUUUAGUUUGUCUUAAGCAACCAAAACAUGAUGCAAAACCUCAUAGAUACACUUUCUGGAAAGAUGGAAGGAGCUAAGAUACAG